ACAGCGCGAAGAGCACAGUGGCGAAUAGUUAACAACGUGUAGAAGUCACACGUUCACACGUCGUAAUCGACAGUAGAAGACACCGCAUAAUAUAGAUAACAGCAGAAAUUCAAAGUCUGAUUGCUGAACGAUAUAUUUCAUUAGUUAGAUUAUAUGUUAGCUUAGCUGAAUGGCUUAGCUGAAUGUCUUAGCUGUGAAUUUAGCAUCAGCACGUUGUCUUCCUUCAGAAACAACCGAGUCACUGCUCGGCAGGUGGACGUCACACUGAGCAUCAGAGCGAGUGAUAAAGGGCUGCUGUCUCACCCGAGUCAGUGCUGUGAUCAUCAUGGAGGACUUGCAAAGAGAGCUCGGGCCCCUUGAAGACUUAGAGGAUGACAACAAUUCCUCAGACGACAACUCUUCAAAAACAUCAAAUCUCCCUGUGGUUGAUCCAAUGUGUGCAGAGACGUCGAGGGAAACUGGGUUUCACCGGAGUACCAGAGCCUGUAUGGAGAUGAUCAGAGAAGCCCUGCUGCAUCAUAGAUGGCAAGAGGCAGCAGAAUAUAUGGCAUGUUACCCACAAAUGUUAGAGAACCCAACCAAUGGCACAAGUCAGCAGUAUAAGGAGCUCAUUUGGAGAUUCAGCGCUGAGAUCCUUCACCAUCACCCCAAGUCAAAGAUGGAGGACUACAACAACAUCUAUGAACGGAUGAAACACUCAGGAGUUAAACAUUUCCUGAUGAUCUCUCUGGAACAUUCAUUCCACCUGCUGCAUCAUGGUCACAUCGAGGAUGCAAAGCAUCAGCUGUCUGUCGCUGAAAGUUGGAGGUACGGGAAGGAGUCAGCAGCUCAGUAUCAGAGGAUUAAACUGAUCCACGCCUACAGGAGUUUACUGGAUUAUCUGAUCUGGUGUGACAAGAAGUUUACCUACUCCAACAACACUGAGUAUCUCGACUGUGGUGAAAACCAAGACAUGCAAAACUACUUCAGACAGGCCUCUGUGAAUCUAAAGGAGAUUUUGAAACAACCUGGCGUCUGGGAUCCCUUCAUACUGGGUUACGUUGAGAUGCUGGAGUUCUAUGAGGAUCAUGAGGAAGCUUUAAAAGUCCUGACUGAUUACGCAUAUGACACAAAUUUUCCACCCAAUCCCAACGCUCAUGUCUAUCUGUACCAGUACUUAAAGCGGCGAAAUGCUUCAGAAAGAAAACUGAUGAAAGUAUUGAAGAGUCUCCGUUUGUUAGUCCCAAGCCAUGAGCUGAUGCCGCAGUACAGCACUCUGCUGCUCCAGUCAGAGAAAAACCCUAACAUCCAGAAAGCUUUAGGAGUCGUUCUGGACUUGCUGGACUUCGCCUGCUGGAGGAGCAACCUGGAUGUGUGGAAGCUUUUAAAGGCCAUUAUUCAAAAACUACAGUUACAAGAAGACUGGAGGGACUCCGUUGCUGAAAAAAUGUCUGCAAGAAAAGACUGGUGGCCUGCGCUUCACUUCACAAGAUUCCAUGCCAGCAAAGACUCCCAGGAGAAUCCAGAGCUCAUGGGAGUGAAGGCACCCCUGACAAAAGUCCUUUGCCCGGACCUAAUACUCAAAUACACAGCCUGGCAGGUAACCAGUGGAGAGGGAACGUGAGCGAAGAACUCAAAGAGGAAAUCAACAUCUGCCUUUAAUACUCAACCAAGAACGGAGCGGAGAUGCUCUCAGAAUGGAGAAACAACAGAAAGACCCAGCGAAGGCUUCCAAAUGAAGAGCAAAAGCCUUUGUUUUUUUGACAUGUUGUUUGUCUUGGCAAGACUUCUUUUGAGUAAUACAAUAUUGUUUAGCUUCACUGUCAUACAUGAUACAAAAUGAACCUCCAUAAUUUCUUAAGUUCUUUUUUUUAAGCCUUGUUCCAUUAUGUUGGUUAAUGGUGCCUUGAGUUUUUUUUCAUUAUCAAGCCCCAUACAUUGUCCACUAUGUGGAGCUCUUGUUCAGUAUUUCUUUUUGCAUCUGAAGGGUAUGACCACUUAAUUUUGGUAGUGUGGCUCUGAAUGUCAGUGUUCAUGUUUGUUUGAUGGUGCUUUCUGUAAACAAUUUAAUGGAAGCAGAGCAUCAUGCUGACCUUUUAACCGCUUUAAGGUCACAACACACUCAGCCUGAGGGAUAUUCAGACAGAAUAAUCAACACAGAGCUUUCAGCAGCAUAAUGUGCAUAAGUUUAAGUGGGACAGACUAAAGACAGGUGGUUGCUACUAAUAGCGUCAGUAUGAGUCCUUUUCCCUUGAAUGUGAGACGGGCCUUCCGCAAGACAUCAUACUCGUCUUGUGGUCCGCUUGUACUUUACACACAGUGUGUGCAGCACUGUCAAUAUUGAUUUUCACAAAGAGGCUUGAAUAUUUUGAUCUCAGAAAUAUUGUGUACGUUUCUAAUGACGAUGUCCUUGCCUUCAAACGCUGUGCUUACUUUCCUUUAAAGACCCAAGCAUGAAAUAAAGUCUUCCAUCCA